AAAAGCAAUUAUUAUUAUUAUUUUUCCUUUUUACAAGUUACUGAUCAAAGCGAUUCUCUUGCAUGCCCAUAACCCACACUUCAAUGAUUGUAUAUAAACCCCUACACCCUCCUUUGUUUUCACAUUCAUCAUCCAAAACACACCAUGACCACCACCAUACUCCACUAUCUUCUCAUUAUCUUUCUCUUGGCUAUUUCUUGGCCAACAGAUGCACGGCGGCCGUUUGCUUGUGACCCAAGAAACGCCGCCGUGAAAGGGUUGCCAUUUUGCAACGUGCACUUGCCGGUGGCGGAUAGAGUGAGGGAUUUGCUAAGUCGGUUGACGUUUAAGGAGAAAGUUGGGUUGUUAGUGGACAAAGCGGCUGCGGUGCCACGGUUGGGGAUGGAUGAGUAUGAGUGGUGGUCCGAGGCUCUUCAUGGAGUGUCCAAUGUGGGCCCCGGAACACGGUUCGGUGGCGAGUUCCCUGGCGCCACCGCGUUCCCGCAGGUUAUUACUACCGCGGCUUCGUUCAAUACGUCCUUGUGGGAAGAGAUCGGACGGGUGGUGUCUGAUGAAGCAAGGGCAAUGUACAAUGGAGGUAUGGGUGGAUUAACAUACUGGAGUCCAAACAUAAACAUAUUUAGGGACCCACGGUGGGGCAGAGGUCAAGAGACUCCCGGUGAAGACCCGAUAGUAGCCGGUGAAUAUGCUUCUCGAUAUGUUAGAGGACUACAAGGUAACCUGCCAGGUGACCGGUUGAAAGUGGCAGCUUGUUGUAAACAUUAUACGGCCUAUGAUCUUGAUAACUGGAGUGGGACCGAUAGAUUCCAUUUUAAUGCCAAGGUAAGCAAGCAGGAAAUGGUGGAUACAUUUGAAGUACCAUUUAGACAAUGUGUUAUGCAAGGGAAAGUAGCAAGUGUAAUGUGCUCCUACAAUCAAGUCAAUGGCAUUCCUACCUGCGCCGACCCUCGACUUCUUCGUGACACCAUUCGUGGGGCUUGGCGACUCAACGGGUACAUCGUCUCAGACUGCGACUCUGUUGGAGUAUUUUACGACAAUCAACACUACACCGCGACUCCUGAAGAAGCUGCAGCCGACGCAAUAAAAGCAGGUUUGGAUUUGGAUUGCGGGCCAUUCCUAGCCGUGCAUACACAAGGUGCAGUUAACCGCGGUCUGUUGAAAGAGACCGAAAUUGAUAGUGCAUUAUUCAACACCCUUACGGUUCAAAUGAGAUUAGGGAUGUUCGACGGUGAGCCAUCAUCUCAGAUCUUCGGUAAUCUCGGGCCACGGGACGUGUGCACCCCGGCUAACCAAGAGCUAGCCCUUGAAGCAGCAAAACAAGGGAUCGUUCUUCUUAAGAAUCACGGCCCGUCACUGCCGUUAUCCCCUAAACGCCACCGAACCGUUGCUGUCAUAGGGCCUAACUCAGAUGUUACUGUUACAAUGAUUGGAAACUAUGCAGGUAUUGCCUGUGGAUACACAACACCACUCCAAGGAAUAUCAAGAUACACAAAAACAGCUCACGCGUCGGGCUGCCAAAACGUGCAAUGCAAAAACGCUCACCUUUUCGGUGAUGCGAUCCGGGCAGCCCGUAACGCGGAUGCUACGGUUCUGGUAAUGGGCCUAGACCAGUCAAUAGAGGCAGAGUUUAAAGAUAGGGAUGGGUUGCUUUUACCCGGGUAUCAACAAGAACUUGUGUCUAAAGUUGCUGCAGCCUCAAAGGGACCGACUAUUUUAGUGUUGAUGUCGGGUGGGCCCAUUGAUGUGUCUUUUGCUGAGCAUGAUCCGCGGGUUGGUGCUAUUGUUUGGGCUGGUUACCCGGGCCAAGCUGGCGGUGCCGCCAUUGCCGAUGUGUUGUUUGGAUCACAUAAUCCAGGAGGAAAGCUACCAAUGACAUGGUAUCAUCAAGAUUACCUCACCAAGGUACCAAUGACAACAAUGGACAUGAGAUCAAAUCAAGCAACGGGUUACCCGGGCCGAACAUACCGCUUCUACAAAGGCCCGGUCGUGUACCCAUUCGGGCACGGGCUGGGCUACUCAAACAUCAUCCACACACUCGCGAGUGCACCCGCAACGUUCACUGUCCCAGUGGAUGGCCGUCACAAAAACACAAGCGCAACCACUGACACAGUAAGGGUGACCCACGCCAAAUGUGGCGGGCUUUCGAUUGGUCUACAAAUGGAUGUGAAGAACACGGGGUCUAAAGACGGGUCCCACACAAUGCUCGUGUACUCUACCCCUCCAGUUGGCCACUGGGGCCCACACAAACAGUUGGUGGCGUUCGCGAAGGUGCACGUGCCAGCCGGGCGACAGCUAAGGGUGCCGAUAAAUGUACACGUGUGCAAAUUCUUGAGUGUCGUUGAUCGAUCCGGGGUUAGAAGAAUUCCUAUGGGUCAACAUAGUCUACACAUUGGUGAUGUCAAACAUAUGCUCUCUAUUCAGUCAACACAAUUAGGGGUGAUUAAAUCCUAAUCCUAAAGGUUUGACAAAAUAUAAAGCUAGAUCUUCUCUACUAUUUAGAAUAUGAAUUUAUAGCUUAGCAAUAAGAAUUGUUGCUGAGCUCAUUCAAUUAUGAAAUGAUUAAUGAUGUAUCAAACUGAAUAUAUGAUUCUAUCAUUUGGAUCAAUGUUUUUAGAACUUGAAUUCA